AUGCCACCCUCCACCGGCAAGCGCCCCGCCGACGACCCCGCGCACCCUGCCAAGCAGCCGCGGCGCUCGGGAGACGGCGCGGCCGCGGGACGCGAGUCGGUCUUCGGAGCCGCUGCCGCGACUGCUUACCGGGUGCAGCAGCGGCUCAAGCAGGUCGGGUACGGCAAGAACACGAUCGCCUACGACAACUACCGCCGGCAGGUGCCAAAGAAUUCGCGGGACGGGGAGAACCCGGCGCACCUGCGGACGCCCAACGCGCGGGCGGCGGGCAUCUCGAAGCGGCAGUUCGACGGGAGGCUGCGAGAGUGGAGGUCCAAGCUGCACGUCUUUUGGGGCGACGACGACGCCGAGUCUGCUGCCGGAGCCUCGGCUGGGACCGAGGGCGCGCGCCCCGCCGCUGCGGACGCGGGCCUCGUGGGCUCGUCGGCGGGCUUCUCGCUCGACGACUACCUGAUGGGCGACGAGAUGGACGACGCACUCGACGGCGUCGGCGGCCAGGCUGGCGGCGACACGGCGCGGCCGGAGCCGCAGCCGCUCCGCCCCGGCGCAGAGCUGGCGGGGCUUGGCGCGCAGCCGCCGGCGCGCGGCGGAGGGCUGUCGGUGCGCGAGCGGCUCGACGCGGUGAAGCGGAAGGCGGCCGCGGCGGCCAGCGCCACCGCCGAAGACAUCUACGGCGGCUGGCAAGAGGACGACCUGCUGAUUUGA